ACCUCCUUUCCACAUCUGGCUCAGCUGCUACGGGCGCUGUUGGUGCUUGCUGCAGUCGUUUUAUUGAAGACCGCGUCAGCUGCGAUGGAGCGUCCCGUUCCCCUCCUCUCAGACGGCUCAGUUAGUGCCACAGCUUGACCGAGUGGGUGCUCCCAUACUGCCUUGUGUCCUAGAAUGCAUGGAGCGAAUGACCACCAGACGACAUGGCCAUGAUCUGCAUGUAUGCGGCCGUCGUUCGCAGCGCAUUGCAUAUCCUCCUCUCUGCUGCAUCUGCCCUCUGCGUGCUGCGUGUUGCGUGUCCGGGUUGCAUGUUAGGGUGCCUGUUUCAUGUUGGACAGACCGACAGGGGACUUGGCCGUCAGGCCACCUAGGAUGCUGCCUGAAACCGCUGCAUGAUCUGCGCUCGUAUGGUCACUCUGCUGCUGUUUUGGGUUCUCACAUCCUCGGCAAUGCCGCCGGCCGUUGCCUUUCUCCCCUCGCACCGCAUCAUGUCGCAUCAGCCCUUUCACAGGCACCUGGUGCCGUCCGUUCAGCCUCUCGCCCAGCCACGGCAAAGAAUAUUUCAGCGGGUAGCCACCUGGCGCCAUGCUGAGGAAGGUCAAACGUCUGGACAGCUUGUGGGAGAGGCGUUGUGGGAGCGCCUUGUGGGGGAGAAGGAUCUGAUUAUAGACGGCUGGCUUUACACUUACCUGUCCACGAUUGAGAAGGUCAACGCAUUUGCCAUCUUCGAAAACUUCGUGGCCAACGCGCUCGUCAACAGCGGCCUUCAAGACGGAUGGACCUACGAGUGAGUAUGUGUGUGUGUGGUUAGAUGCAGUCGGGCAGAAAGAAGCUUGAAUGAAGGACUUGUGUGAGCGAGCACUCGUGUGUCCACUCUAUGGAAUGGUGUGUAUCAAUCAAUGUGUGUAGGAAUGUGAUCUGCACGCCCCAGCUGGAGCAAAUUGAGGCGCUGGGAGGGAUCAUCAACCAUCGGAGCCUCGAUCAGGUAAGCGGCUCUGCCUGCCUGCCUGCCUGACUGUUGAUUCAUCCGUGUGUGUAGGUGGGUGACCACACACUGCGUUUGAUGGUCGACACACACCACAAGUGCUGCAAAGAUGAGCGACACUUCGUCGACUUCUACCAGGACCUGUCCGAAGAACUCGCCAAACGUGAGCGGGCAGAAGCAUCGCACACUGUCGUCAAAUUCGCCUCUCUCUCUCUCUCUCUCUGUGUGUGUGUGUGUGUGUGUGUGUAUGUGGCGUUGGCCUUAUUGCAACCUGCAGCUGAGUACGACUUGUGGGGCAUUUGUCAGCCCAUCUACAUCAGAAUGCCUCAGGACGACCUCUGCCGUGCCAUGGUCAGCACGCACACACACUCACACAAACGGCCCCCUGCCGACUCGAUUGCCUACGUGUGUCGUACGUAUUUGUAUGGCUUGUGCAUUCACUCACUCACGCAGGAGAUCAUCAUUGGGUCGAUGGGCCUCGAGACAUCCCGGAAGGACUUCCACGGGCCGAUUGACAGACAAAUGGAGCUAUUCGAGCAAGACCGGCAGGCGAAACUCAAGAGGCUUGCUGAGCAGAAGAUUUGAUGGGCAACAUGGAAGCUGGCAGUCCAUCCCACAGAGAGAGGGCGGGGGACUUAUCAAUCCACACACAAGUGCGCACCAGGGUUGUGCGUCGGUUGUGGUCUGCCCAUUAGAUCGUGUGUCUUGCCUGCGCUCGCUGUCCAAUUGUCGCCUAGCGAUGCGAUGGAGGUGUACAAUGAGCGUCUUUGCUGUCUGUCUUAUUUGUCCUCAGCUUAAUUUGUGAGGAAUUAGCACUGUUAGAUGUGGACCGAUUCUCACCGCACCGGCAGAUCGACCAGACCACUACCAUGAUGACAUGACGGCCACGUUCACGUGCAGCCAGUGUAUCGCGUCUCUACGUCAUGUAGACAUGCGAUGAACGAAUGGAGUGCG